UUCAGGGCCCCAGGUGCAUCUAUAUAAGCUGGCAGGGAUAUUCGUUGGAAAAUAUUGCCCGUGUCACAUUCAGUCUGGACUGUCUUAGAGCGAGUACGUCAUGUCACACUUCGCACCAUGGAUUGCUUUGCUGAUAUUGAUCGGAUCUGUUGGGUCACAGGAGCAGUUUAUGAGGGAAGAUUUUAUUGAUCCACGUUCGCCAAGAUUCGGUUUCGGUUUACUCGAACCCUUGCGAAAGUCGUUUUGCGACACUUUCUGCGACCCUUCGAGUCAAUCGAUAUACCUAGUGAACUUAGCUUGCCUUGUAAAAUGUCCCGAGUUGUACAUGAAUCAAAAACCAAACCCUAUGGUACCACCAAAUACAGUGCCAGCGCCACCAACGAUGGCGCCGCCAGAUUUAGCAACGAUGCUAGCUUCAAUAUCAGCGCCAGCGUCGUCAGGAACAACAGCUGCGCUACCAGCAUCAUCAGCUACAAAUGCAACAGGAGUAACGCCAGAGGCGUCAGCUACAACGGCAGCGUCAGCUGCAUCAACGGCGGCGCCAACAGCGACGACAGGCGCAGCAAACGCAACAAGCUCAACAAACACAACAGUUACAGCAAUGCCAGGGGCGUCAGGUACAGCAAACGGAACAACAGUUGCGACAACGCCAACUGCAUCAAACGCGACUACAGCAGCUCCUUAAAACACUAUGUAUCGUAGGAUAUUUCAAACACUUUCUUUAAAUACAAGAAUAUUCUACUAAUAAGUGAAUAAGAAAUUGAGUGUUAACGACAAUAUUAGUAAUAAGGAUAUUAAUGUAAAAUAAUUUUCCUACUAACUCGAUACUAUGGACACCUCUUUCAAUUUGUAACUUUACACAAACUGAUAAAGAAGUGAGCUUCAUUUUUUUGUUCGCUUACACGAUUAUUGUUCUCAGUCCCGCGAAUACUGAAUUAUUUAUUAAAUCAAUACCCCGCGAUAGAUAUUAAUUAGAUCAUACGAAUUGAACGUUAAUGGCGUUAUUAAUUAUAAGAAUAAUUUCUUAAAUUUGUUUGUUUUAAAUAAGACGUUUUUCUAACAACAAAUAUCGACUGCUGAUUUUCACUUAUAGAACGUGGCAGGUUUCGAACUCGUACGCAGGAUGGCGUUAGUGACGCUGAUAUUCAAAGCGUGAUAAGGAAUAUCUCUGUUUUCAUUUUUCUUGAAUAUUAAAUGAAAUCGAUAUUGUA